AUGCCUGUGGGAUCAAACCUUCCUCAUAAGAGUGUCAUCCUUCGUUAUCCACCAAGUAGGUCUUUUGAAGGAUUAGAAGAACCAGAAGAGAGUUAUCAAUUAUUGGAAUUACCUCCAGAGAUACUAAAAGCUGUUGAAGCCAAGUUGAAAGGUAAAGAGAGAGAAGAUGAGAUAGCCUUUCCUCUCACGAUUAAAGGCAAACCAUCCGAUGACGCUGUACUUUGUACACCUGAUUCAACAUUCCUGUUACGAACAGUUGGCAUCUCUAACUCACUUUUGAUAUGUAGAACACCUUCAGCCGAUGCACAAACUACAACUCCACCCUCAGCGACAUUACAAGUUCGAGAUACAUGUCAUGAGAUCUUAGAAUGUGUACCCGUCGCCCCUAAUUUGGAGAGAAUACGAACGAUCCUAAAAGAUUCAGCGUGGCAGGGAUUGAACAGUUCUACCUUAGGUAAGAGGAAAAGGGAUAGUAAGAAAAUAAAAAAAUGGACAAGAGAUCAAUUAAAUAGUGUAAUCCAAGGUAGUGAAGAAGAAUUAGCAAUUGGGUUGAAAGAAAGGAAUGUCAUUGAAAUUGACGGUAAAAUGUUGUUACUUCCACCUGUCGAAUUGAAAGAGUUACUCUCAAUCACACUCUCUUUGUUGGUGAUACAUAACGUUCAUCCUUCAACACCACAUAUAGCUCCUUCAGCACCUAUUAUAUCGUCCCUGGAUGAAGAUCACGAAGUCCCUUCACCAAUCUCAAACGAAAUUUUGAAGCUUUUUGGAGAAGUUGUAGAGGAGGAUGACGAAAUGAGAUGGAAAGCAGAUAUCAAGAGGAUCGUGAGAGAAGUUGGAAAUGGGUUGUUGAUAGGUGCACAGGCGAAGAAAUUGGAUGCCUUUGAAGAAGAAUGGAAGAACGAGGUCGGAGAAGGAUACGUAGAUCAUAUCGAUCUAAAGCUCUUAGAGGGAGAAUACCUACUAUCACCUCCUGCUAUAACAUCAUUAUCGUUCAUUUCACCCUCACCUCUCAUAUCCCAUUUCCCAAUAUCUCAAUUACCUUUACAACCUGCAACAAGAUUCGCGGAUCUGUUUUUGACCAGACCAAAAUGGAAACCUGAAGAGAUCAUUCCAUUCUUGAAAGGAUUGACUAGAGAUGGUGAUAUCAAAUCAAGGGAUAAAUUGGUACAGAAGUUCGUCAGGGUCGUCAAGGAAAAGGAAGGCGUUUGGUGGUAUCCUCGACGGACCAACUAG